GCUCCUCUGAUGCUGCUUGGCCUGCUGUGUUCAUCCAGCUCUACACCUUGUUAUCUCAGAUUCUCCAGCAUCGGCAGGUCCUGCUAUCUCUGAAAGGCUGUACCUGUCUGGUCGAAGGGCGCUGCGGGGCGGCGCGGACACUCGGCCCGUUGCGCUCGGCUGUUGGCCGGCCUGUAACCGGGGGGCAGCGCGGGCCCGAUCAGCGGCGCCUCCUCCGCCGACAUAGCAACACCGACCUCCCCCCCCCACCCCCGAUCCCCCUCACACUCCGGUGGGGGAGGCACCGGGAACUGCCGCACCAAGAUGGAGCCCUCCUUCUCGCGCAAUCUCAUGGUCCUCCCGCUGCAGCGACCCCCAGAGUCUGGGAGGAACCGAGCCGUGGUGUGUAUGUGUGUGACGUCUAAAUGAAGCGCCGACACAUGGUGAGCCGCUUGAACGGGGAAGAGGUGUCUGUUCGCUCGCCCAAGGAUGAGCCAGUCCGGAUGUUACCCGCCACCUGUUUUCAGCCCUCCGGUUCGGCUGCUGCGGCCUCCGGUUUUUGCGCCGCCGCCUGUGGCUUGGCAGCCGCCCCCCUGGAACGGGGGAGCGCCGUCCUGGUGCGGACCGCCAUGGGGAAUGGGGGCUGGGCAGCGCCCCUCAUCCUGGUUAAAGGCCUCGCACAGCAGAAGCAGCCAGCUUCAGGGUAACUGUAACCAACAGUGGCCAUACCAGCAAGCUUCUACCCAGUGGUCUCCAAAUCAAGAUAACUCGAGAAAACACAAGAAAAGGAAAAAGGAGCCAGUGUACACGCACUAUUGUGACACCUGCGACCGAGGCUUCAAAAACCAGGAGAAAUUCGAUGAGCAUGUGUCUCAGCACAUCAAGUGCAACGUGAAGGACUGUACCUUCAGUGCCCACGAGAAAUUGGUUCAGCUUCACUGGAGAAACGCACAUGGGCCAGGCGCUAAAAGAAUCAAGCUCGAUACUCCAGAGGAAAUCGCCAAAUGGCGCGAGGAGAGGAGGAGGAACUUUCCAACUUUGGAAAAUAUAGCAAGAAAGAGGAAAAUGGGUCAAGACAAAGAGGAACGAGGAGAGGUGCUGCAUACACAGCAGUUUAACAAAAUGAAGGGAAGAUGGAAAACCCCUUCCAACAGCAGACACCAAAGAGGUUUGGGCAGGAAGUUUAACAAAGGACAUGGAGGUCACUUUGAUGGACCAUUCAAUGGUGCACAGGAACAGCAAAACGCAAGCGAGCAGGAUGGUCCCAGCCAAUCCAACGAGGCAACGUGCAAACCACCAGAAAACCAGGAGAACCAAGCUUGUGGCAAAAACAUCGACCCUCUCGGCAUAUUGGCACAAAACGAUGCAGGUUCAAGCUUGAGACUUCUCUCAAUAUCUUUAUCAUAAUUGUGCAGCACUUUU